CGGCUUUACCGACAGCGAGCAGGCUCCUGAAUGAGCCUCAGACCGGCGGGGACUGGACUUGACAGCCCCAGCCUCAGCUCCUCCUGCACGGCCAGGGCGCUCCGUCCCGGGCUGAGCUCCGCAGCAGCUCCCCCGGCUCUGCCCGGCUCCCCCCGGCUCCCCGGGGCUCUGCCUCCUCCAGCACAGCUGACACGCAGAGCACAACACACACCUCCGGGAGCGGAGGAAAUGCCUCCCACUAUUUCUGCGGAGGUCUCCCUGUGAAUCGGAGUGGAUUUUUUGAAUGGUUUACAACCCACCGGAUUAGGAUAUGGAAUGAUCCGUGGACCAGAACACUAGUGGAAGCAAGAACCUCGACAACCACACACACAACACACACACACACACAGACUGGAUUUUCUCCUCGUGGUUUCUGAACAAGACAUCGUCUGAGAGUGAAGAGCCUGCACGUCACUCUCCAUCAGCUUUCUCACGCUGGGAUUUACAUCAGCCAGUCUGAUGAAAGGAUGCUGCAAGGACCUGAAGAGGGACUGAGCCCCACCUGAACCCCCUAACCCUUGAUCCCGUGCCCAUCCUUCAGAGCACAUAGCAACGCCGUCCCAUCAUGCACCUGCUGUGCCGCGGGCGCCUGAAGCUGCUGGUGGCGUCCCUCACUGCCAUCGUCCUGCUCACCUGGCUCUACCUGCUGGCUGGAAACCUGGAGAAUGGCCGUUCCCUCCUCCUGGCGCCCUGUCUGGCCGACACGCCGGCCGCUCAGGUCUUAGAACGAGCCGUCCUGGAGUCCCGGGUCCGAGAGGUGGAGGAGGAGAACCGACAGAUCCGACUACAGCUCAGCCAGUCCCAGGGCACCGCCGCCCAGCUGGCCGAGGGUAACUAUGGCAACCAGCAAUGGGGGGCAUCCGCGGACACUGUGCCGGAGGAUGGUGACAACACAGCGGAGGAGAAGAACAACCACACGGACUGUCCCCGCUCACCCACCGUCCAGAAGUGUGAGCUGAUCCAUGUAGCGUGCGUUUGUGCCGGUCACAACGCCAGCAGGGACGUGGUCACGCUGGUGAAGUCCAUCCUAUUUCACAGGAGAAAUCCUCUUCACUUUCAUUUCAUCACUGACACAGUAGCCAAUCGCAUUCUGAGCUCUUUGUUCCAGUCCUGGAUGGUCCCAUCCGUGCAGGUCAGCUUCUAUGACGCAGAUGAACUCAAGUCUGAGGUGUCGUGGAUUCCCAACAAGCAUUACUCUGGCAUUUACGGCUUGAUGAAGCUGACGUUGACCAAAGCUUUGCCAUCCGACUUGUCAAAGGUCAUCGUCCUGGACACUGACAUCACCUUCGCCACGGACAUUGCCGAGCUCUGGGGAAUCUUUAAGAAGUUUACUGAAAAGCAAGUGAUCGGUCUGGUGGAGAAUCAGAGCGACUGGUACCUGGGGAACUUGUGGAAGAACCACAAACCGUGGCCUGCGCUGGGACGAGGCUUCAACACCGGUGUCAUCCUUCUCUACCUGGAACGACUACGGCGAAUCAGCUGGGAGCAGAUGUGGCGGCUGACAGCAGAGAGGGAGCUAAUGAGCAUGCUCAGUACGUCGCUAGCUGACCAGGACAUCUUCAACGCCUUCAUCAAGCAGAACCCGGUCCUGGUCCACCAGCUGCCCUGCUUCUGGAACGUCCAGCUGUCCGACCACACCCGCUCCGAGCAGUGCUACACCGAGGUUUCCGACCUGAAGGUAAUCCACUGGAACUCUCCGAAGAAGCUGCGCGUGAAGAACAAACACGUGGAGUUCUUCAGGAACCUCUACCUGACCUUCCUGGAGUACGACGGGAACCUGCUGAGACGGGAGCUGUUCGGCUGCCCGAGUCAGGCCAGCCUGGAGAGCGUGCAGCUGCAAGCUGCUCUGGAGGAGCUGGAUGAGGACGAUCAGUGUUACGACUUCCGGCGAGAGCGGCUGACGGUUCACCGAGUGCACCUGUACUUCCUGCAGUACGAGUACACGCCCACAGAGGACGAUGCCGACGUCACGCUGGUGGCCCAGCUCUCCAUGGACAGGCUGCAGAUGCUGGAGGCCAUCUGUAAGCACUGGGAGGGUCCCAUCAGCCUGGCGCUCUACAUGUCCGAUGCCGAGGCGCAGCAGUUCCUGCGUUACGCUCAGGCCUCCGAGGUCCUCAAGAACCGCAAGAACGUCGGCUACCAUGUUGUCUACAAGGAAGGCCAGUUCUACCCGGUCAACCUGGUGAGGAACGUGGCCCUGAAGAACGCCAACACGCCCUACGUGUUCCUGACAGACGUGGACUUCCUGCCCAUGUACGGCCUCUACGAUUACCUCAGAAAAACUGUGGUGCAACUGGAUAUGGCUCACACAAAGAAGGCUCUGGUGGUUCCUGCCUUUGAGACACUGCGUUACCGGCUGUCUUUCCCCAAAUCCAAAGCCGAGCUGCUCUCCAUGCUGGACAUGGGGACUCUCUACACCUUCAGGUAUCACGUGUGGCCAAAGGGCCACGCCCCUUCCAACUAUGCCAAAUGGCGAACAGCCACCACACCCUACAAGGUGGAUUGGGAGCCCGAUUUUGAGCCGUACGUGGUGGUGAGACGAGACUGUCCGGAGUACGACCAGCGCUUCGUGGGCUUUGGCUGGAACAAGGUGUCCCAUAUCAUGGAGCUGGAUGCACAGGAGUACGACCUGAUGGUCCUCCCCAACGCCUUCAUGAUCCACAUGCCCCACGCGCCCAGCUUCGACAUCUCCAAGUUCCGCUCCAGUUCCAGCUACCGCAACUGCCUGAACACCCUGAAGGAUGAGUUCCACCAAGAUCUGUCCAGGAAGUACGGGGCGGCGGCUCUCAAGUAUCUCACCGCCCAGAGGAACAUCUAACAACACAGGCCUGCUGAGAGCCAGCACAUUUGUCGGCUUCCUCGAGCCUCGGGACAUGCGCUGAUGCCGGGGACCACUUUACAGCAGAGCCUGAAUACGAUGAUACAGUAAAGCUUUACAGCCCUUUCGAGCAUUCUCGGGCUUCUGUGCAUUAAUUCUCCAGUCGACUCCACCUCGAUGCGUCCGAGGAGGAGGUGGAAAUAUAAACAGGACAGCACAAUGUUGGAUUUCCUAAACAGGAUUCUGAAAAAGGCUGAAAGGGAUGUGUGGAUACUCACAGGACUAGCUUUAAGGCCAGGAAAUAACCAUGUUCUUACAAUUUGUUCUGACAAUCAGGGCUUUUUUCAAGAGGACACGCCAGUCUGUCUGCAUGGCUAUCUGGACACAGAGGAACCCCGUCAUUCUGGGGAAUAACUUUGGAGGAAGGACUGUUGUGAGGCCGGUCGAACUGGAGAAUGAUUUAAGCCUUAUCACUCUCAUGAUAUUUACUAAGAUAUUUAAUGGUAUUUUCAUUUCUUUUUUUCUUGCAUAAAUCAAAACCAAUGAUAGUGAGCAUUUCCAUUAACGAGUUAUGAUUACGGCUUUACGCAAGUUAAUUUUAUUUUUAUUUUGUUUUCUACGUUUUCUGACCUCUUUAAAAGAAAUCCAUGUAGUGUCCCAGUCAAUUUAUUUGAGAUUUUCUGUGGGCUUCAGGGAUGUGUGUGUGUGCGUGUGAAAGUGUGUGUUCCAGCCGCAUCAUAUGGCGCAUCUUCAACACGCUUCCUGCUCGUGGUCAGUGUCAUGCUUGCUUUCGUCUUGCAUGUGAACAGUUGCACUACAUGUUCUUUUCACGACAGAAAAAUGCAUUUUCUCUCCUCAUUCACCCUGAAAGCAGCAAAGAUCUGCUAUCGAUGUGAUGUGUCAUCGCCUAUUGGGACCAACUCACGCGACCAACACUGACAUGUGACAGUGAGUGGUUUUAACUGAAGCAGGUGCAUAUUUUAAUUUGUUGUGUUUGUGCCAUUCUGUCUGUAAAAUGUCUCAAUCACUGGAUAUUUGUGCCAUCUACUGAAUCAUUUUACCUGUAACCCCUUUUUUGUUUGUGUAAAGUCCAACUGAAAUCACGAAAUUCCUGCCUUUCUGCUGCCACAAGUCAAAUUCAUUAUCAGUACGACUACUGGGAGAGGCCGAAACAAUCGGGUCAUGAAGGAAUGAGCUGACCCAAAUGAGUUCGCCUCGAGGCGUGACUGGGCGAACCCGGAGGUCUAGGUGAACAGUGCAAACAUUCAGCAAGGAGUCCAGAGAGGAUUUACUGCCCUUUAACAUCAACAGGAGGCAGUUGAGGUGGUUUGUGCAUCUGGUUAGGGUGCCUGCCGGAAACCCUCCGGGGUAGGGGUGUUGGACAUGUACCAUCUGUGUUCUGUUUAGGGCAGAAACGAGAGCUACAGGAACAAUACUAUCUGUCACUUGACUCUGGAACAUCUGUCUCUUUGGUAGAGCAGGUGGCUCUAGGACGGAGAUCUGAGGGCCGUUGCUCAGGGUGUUGCCCACGUGAGCCAGUCCUGGAUGGAUAGACGGACGGAUGGAUGGAUGAAAUGUCCAUUUAGUCUCUAUACAAGAUGUCUCACCCUCCUACAAAUGUGAGGCAUGAGGCGGUUUUCCUCCAAGGCAUCUGGACUUCUUUUCACUUUUCUCAGAUCUUGAAGAAGAUGCUCAAGAACCCAGAAAAAGGUCUUCAAGAACUGAGAAAGUGAAGCCCAGUGUCCUGACAGAAUCUUCAUGACCUAGGAUCGAAUAAUGUGUCAUCAAUCCAGCAAGUUUUCUUUUAGGGUAACUAGAUAUGUUCUGCAUAUGAUUUGGCAUAGAUUUUCAUGUUGGUUUAACCUCCUUACGGAACUUUCCCAUUUUAUCUGGUCUCGGGACCAGAACUAUGCGGUGGCUGAAGCAAUGAAUUGAUCUGUUGACCGUCUGGUUGGAGGGCAGAUGACUCCGCCCACCAAGUCAUCUAGGCCCCUAGUAAUUUUAUUGAUUAGAAUUAAAAAGAUUGUUGCAGAAUAAACUGAGGGUGGACUGAUAGAAAGAGUAGCAGAAGAAGGUCCGGUUGAAAUCAUAUCCAGGAUUAAACCAUCUAUUGAUAAUGUGGCCCGUCCUCCUUUAUCCUUUUCGGUCUUUGCAGUCUCAUUCUGGCUGUGUAGCGUACAAGUCAGUCAGAAAAACACUGCUGUUCAGAAGAUCUUUGGCUAAACAUCGUGUUGUCACUGGAUUUAUGAUAUUUUCACUGCGUUUUUCGCCGGCACUCCAAGCUCGUCUAUUUUAUUUACCAUGGACCCCACAGUUUCCAGGAUGAAAGUGGGAUCUUUCACCCUCCUACAUCCGCCACAUAUCCACAGCUCAGUCAGAUGGCCCAGUAUGUCAUGGGAGGAAUUAUUUAAGAAGAGAAAAAUCUGUUGAUAGUUAAAAAUAUUUAACCAUGAAAAUGUGUGACGUUUUUCAAAAUGAUAUCCUGCCUAUGUUUACAGUCUUUCCGGUCCCAAGGAAGCCCCACUGCUACGACACAGUGGCUGACGUGAUGUAGACAGAGAGUACCCCAGACCAUUUUUAGCCGUAUGUGGCAGUGAUUUAACAUGGAGUUUAAUUUCAGAUGGACUUUUAAAAAGCAUUUUUAUGUCCAUUCGACUUGUCCUCUGGACUCAAAAGUAGCGUAGAAAUAUGUCGAAGGUAUCUAUUGAUCAUGCUGCUAUGACAUGUAAUGUGCUGAUCGGAAAAUAAUUGUUUAACAUAUUUGAUGGGAAACUGCUGUUGAAGCAUAUCACAACCAAAACCGGUACCACCAACCAGUUUUCCCAAAUGACUCCGCAGUUCAAGUUUGUUGAGAUUUGAUGUUUCCCCAAAGUAUGCGAUGGGAUUUUCUUUUAAAAGUAUCAGAAUUAGAAAACGCAGCUUACAACUGCAUCAGACAACCAUUCUGUUUUUUUUUUUAAAGUUUGUCAGAUUUUUACUUCACACUUUUAAUUUUAAUUAAGAUUUAUUUUGCGCUCAUCUUUCAUGGUGUCAGCCUGCGUGCGAGAGGGAAGAAGGUGAGCAGAGAAGCAGUGACUCACAUCAUGCGAUUUCCACUUAGGACACGUCAGAAGAAGAGUGUUGUACGACGCAUCGGGUCGUGAGCGAUGUUGUGUAUGACGGCUGCUCGGCGAGGAGGCGAGCGUGACCGGUGCCACGGCGAGCCCCUCCUCCCCGCUGCCAUCCACGCCGCCUCCAUCGACGUGUUGUUGAUUGUGGUCAAUGCUAGUGCCUUUGCUGUGUUGUGAAACUGGAUAUUGAUUGUACAGUUGUAUGGACGGGGCCUGGGGGAGUCAGGCGCUCUAUUUAUUAUUGUUGACUCAAAUCAAUCAUAUUUUUCUAUGUAAGUGCUUUAAAUAAAUUUGCCCUUUUUUAAUUA